ACCCACCAUGUGCUAUUAUAUGAAGAAAAACCCAGCAUCCACCUCUCAUUGUGGCUGCCGUUCUGGCGACUUUAAUCCGAGGAGAAAAGAGAGAGCUCUGUUCUUUGAGAGAAGAAGAUGGAUGGAGUAAAUGGACUGGAGAAGAAGGAGAUGAAUUCGAAGAAGCUGAAGGUGCUCUGCCUUCAUGGCUUCCGAACCGGUGGGAGCUUUUUGCGCAAACAAAUCGGCAAAUGGGAUCCUUCCAUCUUCCAAGAUUUCCUCUUGGACUUCCCUGAUGGGAUUUUUCUGGCGGGAGGGAAGUCGGACAUUGAGGACAUAUAUCCGCCUCCAUAUUUUGAGUGGUUCCAGUUCAACAAGGACUUCACGGAGUACACAAAUUUGGAGGAGUGCAUUUUGUACUUAUGCGAUUACAUGACAAAGAACGGUCCUUUUGAUGGAAUGCUUGGCUUUUCUCAGGGUGCAACAUUAUCGGCUCUUUUGAUUAGCUACCAAGCAAAGGGGAAGAUAUUGAAGGACCAUCCACCAAUAAAAUUUCUUGUCUCAAUCUCAGGGUGCAAGUUCAGAGACCCAAAGAUAUGUGACAUUGCCUACAAAGACCCCAUUAAGGUGAAAUCUGUGCAUUUCAUUGGAGACAAGGACUGGCUGAGACAGCCCUCCGAGGAGCUGACUGCUGCCUUUGAUAGCCCAUUGAUUCUAAGGCACCCUCAAGGUCACACAGUCCCCAGGCUAGAUGAGAUAAACGUGAAGAAUCUUUCUGAAUGGACCAGAAGUAUACUCAAAAGUAGUAUCACAUAUGAUGCUCCUGGUGUGGAGACCUGGAAAACUGAGGCAAACAAUGCCAAUAUAAAGCAAGCAGUUGUUGCUGAUCCAAAGAGUAUGGAAGCUACAGAUUCAGAGCUGCCCAUGAAAGGGAUGUCACCCCCGAGGUAAUUGAAAUAAUAAGGACUUGGAGGGCCUCCAGCAUUCUGAUCAGGUGAAGGAACUCGGAGUCGUGAAAGAAAGGAUUUUCUCCCUUCUUAACAGCUGCAUGAACUCUGCUACUUAAUCAUGAGUGUACUACUAUAACUUUGCAUAUUGAUGUUGCCGAAUUUUUAACGCUAUUGAGGAAGUUAUUUAAGAAACAUUGUCUGCUAA